AUGGCCUCUGCUCUUCGUUACAGCGCUAAGAUGCGCUUGGCGGCUCGUGUGCCUGCUGCUCGUGCUCUCUCCACCACCGCUCGCCUUCGCGCGGCCGAGAAGCCUUACUUCCCCAACGAGCCUACUGGCCCCUCGCUCUCGACUCCUAUCCCCGGCCCCAAGAACAAGGCCGCUGCCGCUGAGCUAGAUGAGGUCUUCGAUGUGCGCAGCUUGAACAUGCUCACUGAUUACAACCAGUCUGUUGGUAACUACAUUGCCGACCUCGAUGGCAACAAGCUACUUGAUGUUUAUGCUCAGAUCGCCUCUAUCCCCGUUGGAUACAACAACCCCCACCUGAAGGAGACUACCCAGUCCCAGGAGAUGACCAAUGCUUUGAUCAACCGUCCUGCUCUGGGUAACUUCCCUUCCGCUGACUGGGCUAACAUCCUGAAGACUGGUGCCCUCCGCGCUGCGCCCAAGGGACUGAACCAGGUUUUCACUGCUAUGGCUGGUUCCGAUGCCAACGAGACUGCUUACAAGGCUGCUUUCAUGUACUACCGCCAGCUGCAGCGUGGUGGCCCCGACGUUGAGUUUACCGAGGAGGAGCUUGUGUCCACCAUGAACAACCAAGGCCCCGGUUCUCCCCAGCUCUCCAUCCUGUCUUUCAAGUCUGCCUUCCACGGUCGUCUGUUUGGAUCCCUCUCCACCACCCGCAGCAAGGCCAUCCACAAGCUGGACAUCCCUGCCUUCGACUGGCCGCAGGCUUCUUUCCCCCAGCUGAAGUACCCUCUGGAGGAGCACAUUCAGGAGAACGCCCAGGAGGAGCAGCGCUGCCUGCAGGAGGUUGAGCGCCUGAUCAAGGAGUUCCACAACCCCGUUGCCGCUGUCAUGGUCGAGCCCAUCCAGUCUGAGGGUGGUGACAACCACGCCUCCCCCGCCUUCUUCCAGGGCCUGCGUGAUAUCACCAAGCGCACCAACGUCCUCUUCAUCGUCGACGAGGUGCAGACUGGUGUCGGUGCCACUGGUAAGUUCUGGGCCCACGACCACUGGAACCUGGACUCUCCUCCCGACAUGGUCACCUUCUCCAAGAAGGCCCAGACUGCCGGUUACUACUUCGGCAACCCUGCUCUGCGUCCCAACAAGCCUUACCGCCAGUUCAACACCUGGAUGGGUGACCCAGCCCGCGCUCUGAUCUUCCGUGGUAUCAUUGAGGAGGUUGAGCGUCUCGGCCUCGUCGAAAACACCCGUAUCACUGGUGAAUACCUGUACUCUGGCAUCGAGCGUCUCGCUGAGAAGUACCCCCAGCACUUCCAGAACCUUCGUGGUAAGGGCCAGGGUACCUUCCUUGCCUGGGAUACCCCCAAGCGUGAUGAGAUUGUGGCCAAGGCCAAGUCUUUCGGUAUCAACAUUGGUGGCAGCGGUGCUCAGGCUAUUCGCCUGCGUCCCAUGCUGGUCUUCCAGAAGCACCACGCUGAUAUCCUUCUGGAGCGCCUUGAGCAGCUCAUCAAGUCCAUUUAA